CAGACUUCAGAGGCUCAGAGAAGUGAAGCAGUUGCUCAGCUAUGAGAGAGUGAGCCAGGAUUUGAAACCAGGUGAGGAUGCGGAGGGCCUGAGAGGGGCAGUGACUCGCUUAAGGUCACUAAGUGGGAAGAGGUGAAGCGGGGCCUUUAGUCUUCGACCCCUGACUCCACACCUGCUGUUUGCUGAGAGCCCAGGCUGCUCCCCAGGUCCUCUGGGACAGCCCCUGCCUGCCACCAGCCAGGACCAUGGGCAGCAACAAGAGCAAGCCCAAGGAUGCCAGCCAGCGGCGCCGCAGCCUGGAGCCUGCUGAGAACGCCCAUGGUGGCGGCGGCGGGGGUGCCUUCCCCACCUCACAGACCCCCAGCAAGCUGGCCACCGCUGACGGCCACCGUGGCCCCAACACGGCCUUCUCCCCUGCCACCGCCGAGCCCAAGCUGUUUGGAGGCUUCAACUCUUCGGACACAGUCACCUCCCCGCAGAGGGCGGGGCCGCUGGCUGGCGGAGUGACCACCUUUGUGGCCCUCUACGACUAUGAGUCCCGGACAGAGACUGAUCUAUCCUUCAAGAAAGGGGAGCGGCUGCAGAUUGUCAACAACACGAGGAAGGUGGAUGUCAGCCAGACCUGGUUCACAUUCAGAUGGCUGCAAAGAGAGGGAGACUGGUGGCUGGCCCACUCGCUCAGCACGGGACAGACGGGCUACAUCCCCAGCAACUACGUGGCGCCCUCUGACUCCAUCCAGGCUGAGGAGUGGUACUUUGGCAAGAUCACAAGACGGGAGUCAGAGCGGUUACUGCUCAAUGCAGAGAACCCGAGAGGGACCUUCCUAGUGCGAGAAAGCGAGACCACGAAAGGUGCCUACUGCCUCUCAGUGUCCGACUUCGACAACGCCAAAGGCCUCAACGUGAAGCACUACAAGAUCCGCAAGCUGGACAGCGGCGGCUUCUACAUCACCUCUCGCACCCAGUUCAACAGUCUGCAGCAGCUCGUAGCCUACUACUCUAAACAUGCUGAUGGCCUGUGCCACCGACUCACCACUGUGUGUCCCACGUCCAAGCCACAGACUCAGGGCCUGGCCAAGGACGCUUGGGAGAUCCCCCGGGAGUCACUGCGGCUGGAGGUCAAGCUGGGCCAGGGCUGCUUUGGAGAGGUGUGGAUGGGGACCUGGAACGGCACCACCAGGGUGGCCAUCAAAACCCUGAAGCCAGGCACGAUGUCUCCAGAGGCCUUCCUGCAGGAGGCCCAGGUCAUGAAGAAACUGAGGCACGAGAAGCUGGUGCAGCUGUACGCCGUGGUUUCCGAGGAGCCCAUCUACAUCGUCACGGAGUACAUGAGCAAGGGGAGUUUGCUGGACUUUCUCAAGGGGGAGACGGGCAAGUAUCUGCGGCUGCCUCAGCUGGUGGACAUGGCUGCUCAGAUCGCCUCAGGCAUGGCGUACGUGGAGCGGAUGAACUAUGUCCACCGGGAUCUCCGUGCUGCCAACAUCCUGGUUGGAGAGAAUCUCGUGUGCAAAGUGGCCGACUUUGGCCUGGCUCGGCUCAUCGAAGACAACGAGUACACAGCUCGGCAAGGUGCCAAAUUCCCCAUUAAGUGGACGGCUCCAGAAGCUGCCCUCUACGGCCGGUUCACCAUCAAGUCAGACGUGUGGUCCUUUGGGAUCCUCCUGACAGAGCUCACGACAAAGGGCCGGGUGCCCUACCCUGGGAUGGUAAACCGUGAGGUGCUGGACCAGGUGGAGCGAGGCUACCGGAUGCCCUGCCCACCUGAGUGCCCUGAGUCCCUGCACGACCUCAUGUGCCAGUGCUGGCGGAAGGAGCCCGAGGAGCGGCCCACCUUCGAGUACCUGCAGGCCUUCCUGGAGGACUAUUUCACGUCCACUGAGCCCCAGUACCAGCCUGGAGAGAACCUAUAGGGGGAGCUACAGGGCCAGACUGGCUGCUCCACAUGGAUCGGGCUGGGUGGCCCCCAGUGUGGGGUCCUGCCUCGCUCUUCCUGCCGCGGCUGCUCCUCUGUGGGGCUGAGUUGUCAGUGACUAGGCCGCUCCCUCUUUUGUGGCUUGGAAGGGCUUGGGGCCCGGAGCAGCCCUGAGGGCGGGGUCCAAGGCUGGCACAGUGACUGUGCCUGGCUCCUGCUCCCACCACACACCUCCUUGUACACCUCCUGGAGCUCCGUGAAUUGCGGCAGGAGGACAUGGGGAAAAGGGCUGGAGCUGAGGGCUCCCUUUCCCAGCCUCAGCCUCCUCUACACGUUGGCUCCUUCCCUCUUCCACGCCGUGCAGGGCUGUCUCCAGAGCUGGCCACAGAGCCUUUCCAAAGAAAAGCGAUAGGCCCUUGGCCGUCAGCCUGCCUGAUACCCUCCCCUUGCCGUCCAUUUCUGAAACACCUGUUCGUGGAGGCUGCUGGGUCCAGACCCCUCUGCCGUGGCUCCCGGGCAGAGCAGCCUGACGCCUAGACUGAUUGAUGGUGGUGGGUGGGGUGGGCUCCCUCCAAACCCUGCCCUUCUUAGACCCGAGGGUCCCUUAGAGAUCAUCAGUUCCUUGUCCCUUACUACCCAUGGGGACACAGCCCAGAGAGAGGCUGUGACUUACCCGAGUCCACAGAGCAGUUCAGAGUUGAGGUGGGAUCAGAACCCGGUGCUCCCUCUGUCUUCCUCAGGAACCAAGAUUGUCCUCAGCGGCAUCAUGGACAGACUGUGGCAGCCCAAGGGACAAGGGGCCUGAGGGCGGGUUAGAGACAGCAGAGAGUUCUGCUGCUAUUUCCCCGCUCAGCGGGGCUGCUGUGGGGGAGAGUGGAGGUGGCUGUGGGGCUGAGCUGGGAAUGAAGGGUGAAGGUGCAGGUGUAGGGAGGCAGACUUCAGUCAGAAUGUGGGUGGAUUUUGACCUUCAGGCUUAGCCAGUCGUGAAAGGGAGUGAGCUCCCAGGCUCUGGGGGCAAUCAAGCAGAAAUAGAAGAUCCAAGUGGUUGGGAAACUUGCCCUGGCCUUAGGAGGGGGCCCCAGGUUGUCUGCCCAGUUUGUCCUGUGUCAUUUCAAUGCCUGGCCCCUGCUCUCCUC